AGCUAACUUCCCGCACUAGAAACCAAAUUAAAUUGCCGAUGAAAACAAACAAGACCAAGUUCAGUUACGAAAAUGAACAGCCAGGUUAGCCAGGCAACCUCUUCGUCCUUGGUCGCCGCUAAGAGACGCCACAGUACCGGCCAAGGGCCGGUGCACAUCUUCGGCGGGGGCGUUUUGGCGGACUUGGAGCGCCUCUGCAUGAGCGAUCUCUACUCGGACGUGUCGUUCUACGUGGAGGAUCAGCGCCUGCCGGCGCACCGCCUGGUACUUGCCGCGCGCAGCGAGUACUUCCGUGCCCUGCUAUACGGAGGCAAGUCCGAGCCAAAGGAACGCCAGAUUCGGCUGGAUGUGCCGCUGCAGUCAUUCAAGGUGAUUCUGGGCUAUGUUUAUUCGGGCGAUCUGUCCAUAUCCACACUGGACGUGGAUGCCAGCUUCAAAGUGCUCGGCUUGGCCAAUCUGUAUGGCAUGCAGGAAGUCGAGUUGGCGCUAGCCACACAUCUAAUGGAGAGUCUGGCCCUCAGCAACGUGUGCACGAUACUCAACACGGCGCGGCUAUUCAAUUUUGCGCAGCUGACCAUGAAAUGCCUCAACUUCAUGGACAGAAACUCGGCCGCACUGUUAAAACACGACACCUUCCAAAUACUGGCCAAGGAGUCCCUUGAAGAAGUCCUGCGGCGGGGCACUUUCGCCGACUACGAACUGCACAUCUUCCAAGCGGUACACAAAUGGAGUCUGCACAACCCGAGCGAAGAAAUGAAGUCGGUGCUCGCGCUCAUACGUUUCCCUCUCAUUGCCGUCAAAGACCUGGUGGGCACGGUGCGUGGCUCUGGAAUCGUCGAAUCGGAAACAAUAUUUGACGCCAUCGAUGAAGCCAUGAACAGACGAUAAAGGAUCGUGAGGAUCUCACGAUUUGUUCCUAUUCUGUUUCGAUUAAAUGGAUUAUUUUUAAGUUUACCUACUCUAAUUACUUUCUUGUGGAUUAAACAGCUGUG